AUGCCAGCAGUGCUCCUCACUGAGCUGGGUGGGAACAGAGCUGUUGCCAUCAGGAAACACAGACUGACAAGAACUCAAAGUGCCUUUUCCCCGGUUGUGUUCAGCCCCCUCUUCACAGGUGAAACGGUGUCCCUGGUGGACGUGGACAUCUCCCCACGAGGCCUGAGCUCCCCUCACCCUCCAACUCCUCCACCCCCUCCACGAAGAAGCCUCAGCCUGCUCGAUGACAUCAGUGGGACGCUGCCUGCAUCUGUGCUAGUGGGUCCAAUGGGCUCUUCCCUGCAGUCCUUCCCUCUGCCUCCACCUCCUCCACCCCACGCCCCAGAUGCUUUCCCACGGGUGGUGCCCCUGCGGCCCCCGGAGGCGACGCCUGAGCAGCCCCCCCCGCCCCUCCAGUGCCCGCUCUACCGCCCGGACUCCAGCAGCUUUGCAGCCAGCUUGAGAGAGCUGGAGAAGUGCGGCUGGUACUGGGGGCCCAUGAACUGGGAGGAUGCAGAGAUGAAGCUGAAGGGGAAGCCAGAUGGAUCCUUUCUGGUCCGAGACAGCUCUGACCCUCGGUACAUCCUGAGCCUCAGCUUUCGGUCUCAGGGCAUCACCCAUCACACCAGGAUGGAGCACUACAGAGGGACCUUCAGCCUGUGGUGCCACCCCAAGUUUGAGGACCGCUGCCAGUCAGUGGUGGAGUUCAUCAAGAGAGCCAUCAUGCACUCCAAGAAUGGGAAGUUUCUCUACUUCCUCCGAUCCAGGGUUCCCGGUCUCCCACCAACACCCGUGCAGCUCCUGUACCCAGUCUCCAGGUUCAGCAAUGUCAAAUCCCUGCAGCACCUUUGCCGCUUCCGGAUCAGGCAGCUGGUCCGGAUCGACCACAUCCCGGAGCUCCCGCUGCCCAAGCCCCUGAUCUCCUACAUCCGCAAGUUCUACUACUACGACCCGCAGGAGGAGGUUUACCUGUCGCUGAAGGAAGCUCAGCUCAUCUCCAAACAGAAGCAGGAGACAGAGUCCUCCACGUAG